GACCCCACUGGGUACCACUCAUCUCCACUACAAAUAGGAAAAAGAGGCUACAAUGGAUGAUGCAGUGGAUGACACAGUUAUUAUUUGGAGAGGCAAACAAGAAGAAAAGAAUAGAAAGAAGAAAACAACAAUUCAAAUAAUUAGCUAAUACUGCAUGACCUGUAAGACAUGUACAAAUGUGUCACUGACAAACUCGUGGCAGGAACUUGACACUGCCCUUCAGGCAAACCAUGAUUUAGAUAGUUUAACAGACCAACAAUGAGCAGCAUGUUCCCUGUCAAGAUAUGUUACUUUUCUAAAAAGCAGAAUAACUUAUGAUCCCUUGUUGUCCACAUGAGAUUUGGCAUCUGUGACCUUGGACGAUAGAAUUGUGACGCACUGUCUCUUUCCAACCUCCAGAACAGUUUUUCCUGCUGCAGUUGCUGGACUGGAUUUUGCGUGGAGCAGCUCAGGUGAUGUUUGUCAACAACCCUCUAAGUGGCCUCAUUAUUUUUGCUGGCCUCAUCCUGCAGAACUACUGGUGGGCUCUCAACGGCUUUGUGGGCACCCUCUUUGCCACAAUUUCUGCCCUUAUUCUACAACAGAACAGAGGUGCAGUAGCUGCAGGGCUAUAUGGUUACAAUGGCAUCCUGGUGGGACUGCUGAUGGCUGUGUUCUCCAAAGCAGGAGACUGGUACUGGUGGCUCCUGCUACCCAACAUCUUCAUGUCCAUGAUGUGCCCGAUUGUGUCCAGUGCUUUGGCAUCUAUAAACAGCCGCUGGGAUUUGCCAGUGUUUACUCUGCCCUUUAACAUCCUGGUGUGUCUCCACAUGGUCGCCACCGGCCACUACAACCAAUACUUCCCCCAAGUCCUCAUUCAGCCUCUCUCAGAGACGCCCAACAUCACCUGGGCUGAAGUCAGUGUAACCAAGCUGUUCAUGUCAGUGCCUGUGGGGAUAGGCCAGGUCUACGGCUGUGACAACCCUUGGACAGGAGGAAUCUUCAUUAUCUCACUCUUCAUCUCCUCCCCUAUCACCUGCGCUCAUGCCAUCCUGGGAUCAGCCGUGGGCAUGGUUUCUGGCCUGGCUCUGGCAGCUCCUUUUGGAAACAUUUACGCUGGCCUCUGGGGAUACAACUGUGUGUUGGCCUGCAUUGCCAUCGGCGGAAUGUUUUACGCUCUCACCUGGCAGGUGCACCUGCUUGCCAUCACAUGCGCUUUUUUCUGUGCAUACCACGGCUCAGCCAUCAGCAAUAUCAUGUCCAGGUUUGGUCUUCCAGCCUGCACCUGGCCCUUCUGUCUCUCUGCCCUGACUUUCCUCCUCUUAACAACGGGGACCAAUAAGAUUUUCAAACUGCCACUGGCCAAAGUCACCUACCCUGAGAAAAACCUGUGCUUCUUCUGGAAGCUGAAGAAGCAGGAAAAAAUGGAGAAGGCUGAGAACGAGAAGAAAGACAGCAAAGAGCUGCAGAAAGCCAUAGAAGAAGAAGUAAUACUAAACGAGAAAGAGCAACUGAGACUAGAGCAAAUGAGGCUUGAAAGAAUGGAAGAAGCGAGGGUAGCAAGUGAGGCAUCAGAGGAUGAAAAUGACGAGACACACGUCAAAGACCAUGCACCUGGGGUAGAACAACAGGGUACUGAAGAGUAUGUUUAAUACUAUAUUUCUGCAGAAAGAGAGAGAGAUGGAUUAUGAAUUGGCAGAAUAGAUAUCUACUGUCAGAAAGAAAAAUUUGAGACUGAUCCUAAAAAAAGUACAGGCUCAGUGACCACAAACAAUUGAAAAAGGAAGACACAAAGAAACAUGGAAACCAAAAGUGGUGGUCACUGGCUGAGACAGAGUUGCAACUAUUCCUACAACGUAAAACAUUCAGUGAAUAAUAAACAAGUUUAACUCUGUAAUCUCUUUCAAAAUUCCAAAGAGCUUA